AUCUUCUAGUCGAAAAAACCCAAUUGAAAUCAGUGCAAGGUCUCAAAAUUUCAAAAAUAUUCCCGCUGCCUCUCUCUGUCAUCCCUAUCGGUCACUUUUCAUCUUCAUCUAACCUGCACUCAGGCUAACACAUGGCGAACAGUGAACUUGCGAACUCACUAAAAAGAACAAUUUGGAAAAGUCGCCUACUAUUUAUCGUCUCUUCAUUAUGGAAAUUUGAAGCAAUUUCUCAAUGAAAUUUUCAAAUGUGGAGCUUGGAAAAAGAUCAAGAAGGUGCAGUGAAUGAAGGUUCUUAUCACUUAACAGUUGGUGAACAUUUAGUUGGAAGAAAAGAGUGUUCAAUCAAAAUUGAUGGCGACCAAUCAGUGAGCAGGAAACAUGCUCGCAUCAAUGUUUUAAAAGAGGGACCAGAAAAGUUUCAGGUUUUCUUGAAAGAUGUUUCAAAGUAUGGCUGCUUUAUAAAUGAUGUAAAAUGUCAGAGUUUUGAAGCUGUCGAGUUGAAACACAAUGAUAAAAUAACAUUUGGUUCUCAAAACAGUUCGUAUAGACUUAAGUAUGAAUCCUUGCUUGUAUUUGCAUCUUGCUUGAAUCAGUCCAACAAGAGACAUAUGAAGGCACAGCUUUCAAAAUUGGGUGGUGCUGUGGUAAAUGAAUGGAAAAAAGGAUGCUCACAUCUUAUUAUGGAAGCACUCAGUUUCACUGUUAAGGUUAUUUAUGCUUUAGUUACUUGCAUUCCAAUUGUUAAGCCAUCUUUUUUCGACGACCUUGUCAUGGCAGUUGACACAAAGAAUGAAUUACCAUUGGCAAAAAACUAUAUGCCACCGAUAAAGGAAGAGUUAAUCGAUCCUAAAACGGUCUCAUUUCAUCCAAACGAGGCUAGAAGAUCUGUUUUUCUUGGAAAACUAUUUUUAUUUUCGGACCAAAAGCAGGUGAAAUGUGUGAACGAGAUGAAAUAAUUUUGAGAUGAACUCUCAUUGUCUUCUUCUUUGUUUGUACACAGUGGAAACGACUUGAGCAGGCAAUCAACUUGGCCAGUGGUACAGCAGUUUUGAUGGAGACUGGUGACACUUCCGGACUCAA